AGUGGUUUAUUGUUUAGCUUUCUUUGGGAGAAACCGGUUUGAUAAUAGACCUUGUUUGCCUUUCAAAAAGUCAUUUCAUGAAACUUCCCUUUCCAUUUGAAAUAGUAAUAGUAAUAAUUCUACUACUUUGAAGAGUUCAAAGCAGCAAAUAAAUGGAAUUACGGAGCUAGUUGGAUGGGAAGGUUGUAAGUUUGGUGUAAACAUAUUCAAUAUAAAGUGAUAAUGGGAUAUCUGAAUAGAAAUUCCCAGAACAGUUGAAAAUUCAGAAUUUGUGUCCAGUUUAAGGAACAGAACUGGAGACAUUGAUUUAUGGGCCACCAGCCUAGUUAAAGUCAUAAGAAAAUGGAUGAAAUGUUUUAUGGCAAUAAGGGAAACAGUCCAAGGACUGAUCAUGAAUGAUGGUAAGGAAAGCCAGAGAAGCACUGGGCAUGGGCUAUAGAAACUGAGAAACCAUUUUAGUCAGGAUAUGAUUUGUUUCUUUUUUAAUAAUUUAGUAGAUUUUUGUAACUGGCAGUGCCUUCAUGAGGGAGGAAAUUCACAAAGUAAAAAAGAGAACAAAAAGUUUUUACCUGGCGCUGAGAUAGAUGCUGGGGAUAUAAAGAUGAAUAAGAUUCAGCUUUCCCCUCAAAGGAGAGAGAGAACUUUAGCAGAUCAUUUCAAUUGGUGUGAUAAAUCCUGGAAUAAAGAUACGUACAUAUGCAUCAUAGCAUAUAGGGCAGCCCUGUAAACUCAAGUGGAAGAAUGUGAAAGUCGUUAUGGACUGGUCGUAGAAGGAAUCCUAAAGAUAACAGGCAAGAUGUGUGUUCGGCAAGGGGAUCAGUUAGGAGGCCAGUAUAAUAAUCCACUUGAGUCCAUGAGGGCCCUGAACAGUACUAUAGGAGGGGAAGACACAUGUUAAACAUUUAGAAAUAAAAUUGGUGAGACUAUGUGAUUUGCAGUGGAAAAUUAAGGAGAGGGAGAAAUCGACAAAGUUUCUAAUUUGUGUGACUAGGAGAUGGUACCAAGAGACAGAGCAAGUUUCAGGGAGAUGACAUGGUUAAAGUGAGCAAACAAUGGCCAGUAAUCACAAACCUUCAGGAGCUCGCCCUGUUUCACGAGGUGUGAUUGGGUUGACAGGAAGGCCUCCUUCUGGAAUUCGACCCCCAUCAGGAAAUAUUCGAAUGGCAACUGGAAUGCCACCUGGAACAGCAAGACCAGGUUCCCGUGGUGGUCCCAUAGGAACAGGAGUUCUGUCUUCUCAAAUCAAAGUUGCCGAUCGUCCUGUAACACAGCAAGGUUUGAGUGGAAUGAAAACUGGGAUGAAAGGUCCCCAGAGGCAAAUUUUAGACAAAUCUUAUUAUCUUGGGCUUCUUCGAAGUAAAAUAAGUGAGCUUACAACAGAAAUUAAUAAACUUCAGAAAGAAAUAGAAAUGUACAAUCAAGAGAAUUCAGUAUAUUUGUCAUAUGAAAAGAGAGCUGAGACUUUAGCUGUUGAAAUCAAAGAGUUUCAAGGACAACUAGCAGACUACAACAUGUUGGUGGAUAAACUUAAUACUAAUACUGAAAUGGAAGAAGUAGUGAAUGAUUACAACAUGCUGAAAGCUCAAAAUGAUCGAGAAACACAAAGUAUGGAUGUUAUAUUUACUGAAAGACAAGCGAAGGAAAAACAAAUCAGAAGUGUAGAAGAAGAAAUUGAACAGGAAAAACAAGCAGCAGAGGGCAUUAUAAAAAAUAUGUCUCCUGAAAAACAAGUCAAGUACAUAGAAAUGAAAACCACAAAUGAGAAAUUGUUGCAGGAAUUAGAUACACUUCAACAACAACUAGAUUCAUUGAAUAUGAAAAAAGAGAGUUUGGAAUCUGAAAUAGCACACUCUCAGGUAAAACAGGAGGCUGUAUUGCUUCAUGAAAAACUUUAUGAGUUGGAGUCCCACAGAGAUCAACUGAUUGCAGAAGACAAAAGCAUGGGAUCUCCAAUGGAAGAGAGAGAGAGAUUACUUAAGCAGGUUAAAGAAGAUAAUCAGGAAAUAGCCAGCAUGGAGCGACAGUUAACAGAUAUAAAAGAAAAAAUAAAUCAAUUUAAUGAAGAAAUUAGACAACUUGACAUGGAUUUAGAAGAACACCAAGGUGAAAUGAAUCAGAAGUACAAGGAGCUGAAAAAAAGGGAGGAAAGUAUGGACAAUUUUAUUGAGACUUUUGAGGAAACUAAGAAUCAGGAAGUGGAAAGGAAGGCACAGAUAGAAGCCAACAUUGUUGCACUUUUGGAGCACAGUAGUAGAAAUAUAAAUCGUAUGAAACAGAUAUCCUCUAUCACCAAUCAAGAGCUGAAGAUGAUGCAGGAUGAUCUCAAUUUUAAAUCUACUGAAAUGCAGAAAUCACAAAGUACAGCUAGGAAUCUGACUUCAGAUAGUCAGCGUCUACAGUUGGAUCUACAGAAAAUGGAGCUUCUGGAAAGUAAAAUGACUGAGGAACAACAUUCUCUAAAAAGCAAAAUUAAGCAAAUGACAACUGAUCUGGAGACAUAUAAUGAUUUGUCAACUUUAAAAUCAUCAGCUGAAGAAAAGAAAAAGAAAUUGCAUCAGGAGAGAACAGUAUUAUCAACCCGUAGAAAUACCUUUAAAAAAAUAAUGGAGAAACUAAACAUACAAUGUGAGACAUUGAAAACACAGUUGCAAGAAAAUGAGACACAUUCUCAGCUUACAAAUCUGGAGAGGAAGUGGCAACACCAUGAGCAAAACAAUUUUGUGAUGAAAGAAUUCAUAGCAACCAAGAGUCAAGAGAGUGAUUACCAGCUAAUUAUGAAGAAUGUGACCAAGCAGAUUGCAGAGUACAAUAAAACCAUUGUGGAUGCUCUACAUAGCAUGAGCAGAAACUGAGUGUGAACCAACUGCAAGUCUCUACAGAAACAUCUUCCUGCUAUUAAACUUUGUACAAGCUGACAAAAAAAAAAAAUUAGCUUACCCUUGAAGAGUUUUACCUGAAAUUUUUGAAUGCUAUAUUUUUUGUGACCUCUUUGAAGAGUGAUAUUUACAUAGUAUGAUAGUUCAGUAAAUAGUUCACAUAUAGAAAA